AUGGCUGAUCCGGAGAGAAACCAAGCACUCGAAGACUACAAGAAGAGUUUACUAGAGCUCCGCGAAUGGGAGGCGAAACUCAAGACGCUCCGUCUAGGUAUCAAGGAUUUGCAGAGGGAGUUUGACGUUUCUGAAGAGAACAUCAAAGCCCUGCAAAGUGUUGGCCAGAUCAUCGGAGAAGUGUUGAAGCAACUGGAUGAGGAACGAUUUAUCGUCAAGGCAUCAUCCGGACCCCGUUAUGUCGUCGGUUGCCGUUCCAAGGUCGACAAGGCCAAGCUCAGACAAGGAACCCGUGUCGCUCUCGAUAUGACAACACUUACGAUUAUGCGCAUGCUGCCGCGCGAGGUUGACCCGAUGGUGUACAACAUGUCUCUGGAGGACCCAGGCCAAAUCAACUUUGCAGGAAUCGGUGGCUUGAACGAUCAGAUCAGAGAGCUGCGAGAAGUGAUUGAACUGCCUUUGAAGAACCCUGAACUCUUCCAGAGAGUAGGUAUCAAGUCACCUAAGGGUGUACUACUCUAUGGGCCGCCAGGAACCGGAAAGACAUUGUUGGCGCGGGCAGUGGCAAGUUCGUUGGAGACCAACUUCCUGAAGGUCGUGUCUUCCGCUAUCGUCGACAAGUAUAUUGGUGAAUCCGCACGGUUAAUAAGAGAAAUGUUCGGUUAUGCCAAGGAACACGAGCCUUGUAUUAUCUUCAUGGACGAAAUCGACGCUAUCGGUGGUAGACGAUUCUCGGAGGGUACCUCUGCAGACCGUGAAAUUCAACGAACACUGAUGGAACUUCUGAACCAGUUGGAUGGUUUCGACUAUCUGGGAAAGACCAAGAUCAUUAUGGCCACCAACCGACCCGAUACUCUUGACCCUGCUCUUCUGCGUGCGGGUCGUCUGGACCGGAAAAUUGAGAUUCCGCUGCCCAACGAGGUCGGCCGUCUGGAGAUUUUGAAGAUUCAUGCCAGCUCGACCAAGAUGGAAGGCGACAUUGACUUUGAAAGUGUUGUGAAGAUGAGUGACGGACUCAACGGAGCCGAUCUUCGCAACGUCGUUACAGAAGCUGGCUUGUUUGCGAUCAAAGACUAUCGGGAGGCGAUCAGCCAGGACGACUUCAACAGAGCCGUCCGCAAGGUCGCUGAAGCAAAGAAGUUGGAAGGGAAACUGGAGUACCAGAAGCUGUAG